AUGAAUUUCACUGCACUGACCCCAGCAGAUGACGGAAGCUUUUACUCCCCCAACAAUCUGAGACCCAUUACGCCUAUCAAAGUAGCGAGACUGGCAGAUAACAAAAGCCGAGAUGCUUCGGAUGGGGAUAACCAAGACCCUUACAACCCGAAUUUGAAUUGGUCCGUAAUGAUCAUUGGCAUCAUUCUCAUCUGCAUUUUCUGUUUCGUUUCUAUCUUGUCCAUCUAUGCCCGCCGCCGAGCAAGGAGAGCUUUCGGGCAAGCGGGUAAUAAUACCAAUUACUGGGAUGGGACACAGGGUCUGGAUCCAGCCGUCAUUGAGAGUUUUCCCAUUUUCAGCUACAACAGGUUAAAGGGCCUCAAAGCCCAGCCCAAAUUCUCUGACUGUGCCGUCUGCCUCACAGACUUCAAGGAGCAUGAGAUGCUACGGUUGCUUCCCAAGUGCAGCCACGCGUUCCAUCCAGAGUGCAUCGAUUUGUGGCUCUCCUCCAACACAACUUGUCCCGUUUGCCGAACGAGCUUUCUGCCCGCCGACGACUCCGAACCCACCGUAACGGACUUCGAUAUCCUCCAACCGCAGACGCGGCUGGCGCCUCCCGAGGAGAAUAUGGUUGUUAUAGACAACGGACACCGAUCGAGCAAUCCUGCGGAUUUUGCGAACAACCAAGCAACGAUUGAGGCAUCUGGCAACGAUUCAACAGGGUACUCGUUAUUAAGGGUGCGUAAGGAAUUGGAUCAGGGCACGCAGUGGUUCAUCGCUUCGGGUGAGGGCCUCACGCCCGGGUUGCACUGGAGCUGCAGCUUUGUUGCAAACCGUAAAAUUUCGCAGGAGUCGGCUAGUUCUAGUGCGCCGCCAACAUGGUCUAGACUGGGCAACUCUUUGGUAGACACGGGGCGCAGAUCCACAUCGGAAAGAUGGGAGAGCGUUUCUGUGCGUCCGCCAUCGUUGGAAAGAAGUUUUUCUGAGCGAUUUUUAUCUCAGGGUAGCGAUCAAAUCGGGUCCGAGCAGCAGGAUAGCUCGUUUGAAGAGGAUGUUGAGUUGGUCGAUGGGAAGAGACAUACGAGGAGACGGGACGGACCGUUCGGAGGACGGAUCGGUGUCCCAUGGGGGUCAAAGUGA